AUGACCAAUUUACUAAAAACAAUCAACUCAAAUGAUGAUCACAUAAAAACUCAAUGGUUAAAUGCAACACUAGGAAGAAUAUUUCUUUCAAUCUAUAAAACAAACACAAUCAAAGAAUAUUUCAUCCACAAACUGAAGAAAAAAAUCAAAAGAGUCAAAAAACCAAAUUUCUUAAGUGACAUACAAAUAAAAUCAGUAGAGGUAGGUGAUGGAAUACCUUAUAUUACCAACCCUAAAUUGAAUGGAUUGUCUGAUAAUGGUGAUUUAAGUGUUGAUCUAAACCUGGAUUAUAAUGGUGGAUUUAGGGUGGAAAUAGAAACUGAAGCUAUGAUUUCGGUUACAAGAUUGAGAACCAUUAAAUUGUCGUUUGUUCUUGCAGUGGUCUUGAAAGGUCUGCAAGGUAGAUUGUUGUUGAAAAUCAAACCACCACCAACAAAUAGGAUUUGGUUUGGUUUUUAUGAAAUGCCAAAAUUGAAUUUAUUAAUUGAACCAAUAGUUUCAGAAACUCAAUUAAAAUUCUCACCAAUAAUUAAAGCAAUUGAGUCAAAAAUUCAUGAAAUGAUUAUGGAUACUGUAGUAUUACCCAAUAUGGAGAAUUUGCCAUUUUUCUCAAGUUUUGGAAUGGGUGGAGUUUAUGAAGGUGAUGUGAAAAUUAAUGAUGAUGGCAAAAAAUGCUAUGAUAAUGUUGAUGGUGAUGCAAAGUGGUGGUGA